AUUAAACCAAUAAUAAUAUAUAAUAUUAGUAAUCACGAACAAAAAACUGUUCCUUUACAGAACGUUGACCUGUGUAAACCAAUUGAUAAGAAACUAUACAAAGGUACCAGUCCAAGUUGUCACGACUUUAAUGGAACAACUGCUGUAAACGAUUGCGCGCCUCUUUUGGUUGGAUUUAGUACGGGACAAAUUCAGUUAGUGCAGCCUGGAAAAAGAGAAACAGGGCGUUUGUAUAAUGAAGAAAGACUUAUCGACAAAACAAAAGUAACCUGUCUGAAAUGGUUACCCAAAUCUCCUCAUUUAUUUUUGGCAUCACAUUCUUCUGGUCAUUUGUAUUUGUACAAUGAGGAACUGCCAUGUAGUCCAACUGCACCCAACUAUCAAAACUUCAAAUCUGGUGACGGUUUUACGAUUUUAACGUGCAAAUCCAAAUCUUCAAGGAAUCCCUUAUACAAAUGGGUUUUUAAUACAGAAAAUUCUAGUAUCAAUGAAUUUUGUUUUUCACCAUGUGGUUCAAUGUUGGCCAUUGUGUCUCAAGAUGGGUUCCUACGUGUAUUUUCAUACGAGACAAUGGAGCUAAUAGGAAUAGCACGAUCUUAUUUUGGCGGAUUUUUAUGUGUUUGUUGGAGCCCCGAUGGAAAGUACAUCGUAGUCGGCGGUGAAGAUGAUUUAGUUACUGUUUGGUCUGUGAAUGAACGCCGCGUUGUGGCGCGAGGGCAAGGGCAUCGCAGUUGGGUAUCCGUUGUUGCUUUUGAUCCAUACACCUCAUAUUCACAUUGUGAUACAUCUGACUUUUCCGAUGAUGAAAACACAAUA